AUGCUUGGCUUGAGUGGGAAAUGUGUGCAAAUCAACCCUGGAGAUGAAGGCAGGUAUGACAUGGUUGAGGGAAUUCGCCUUGGUCUGGAGAGAGAGUUUCGAGAUUGGAAAAGUCCAAGAGGAACCCACAUGGUUCCUGAUUCAUUCCCAUCACACCAGAGCAACAAAGGAUCCAGUGCAGAGGAAGUAAUAUACGAUCUUUUGAAACAGUGUGGCACCCAACGUAAGGAACCAAUGUUUGUGGUUCAUUCAUGUCCCUUUAGUGAACAUAUUCCAGAAAGUGGAAGGAAAAAAUCCUGGAUCAUGGGAGAGACAGACUUUGUGAUAAUUCACAAGAUCCAUGGGCCAAUAUAUAUUGAGGUAAAGGCCACUGAUACCGGUAAAAGUUACAAAGAGGCGGAAGAACAGCUUCAGAAGGGCAAACUUGCAUUGCAGAAGCGGUUUGAAGAAGCGGUGAAAGGAGAAAUAUCAACAAAAAAGGUUACAGAGAUGUUUAAGUAUCUUCCAGCUUUUGUGGCAAUGCCAAAUUGCCCACGUCCAUCUCCAGUUUGUUCUCAAGAUAAUGCUCUAUAUCAGGAAGACUGUUCCAGCCUGGAGGCAUUUGUAAAAUGGUGGAAUGAUCAUGUUGCUAAUUCAAGGCAUCCUGCUGUUAGUCAGAAGAUGUAUGAAUGUCUUGUGAUCAGGUAAGCAGGAUUUCUUCUAUAACCCCUCAUAAUGAUCUCUUUGAUUUACGCUGUACAAGGAUAGUAUUCGCUCUAAAUAGCACUACAGUGGUGCAAAAUUCACCUUUAGCUUAGCAUAUGUGUACUUGUAAGUAGCUGUUCUAUAAUAAUAUUUGCCAUGAUUUGUGGUUCACCUAUUGGUAAAAUGUAAUAAAUAUCAAGUAAUAUUACUAUGAUGACCAAGAAAUCUGAUUUGUGAUUUUUUGUUCACCAAUGUAAACUGCUGGUACACUGCAUUACCAUGAGGUUUUCAAAUUACCACAAAUUAUUGAAAAAAAAAAAAAAAGUUGAUUUAACUGCAUGUAUGGCGAGGAUGAAGAAUGUGCAAGCAGUCGUAAGCUUCAAUCACAAACGAUCGUGUAACCAUAACGAAACUCUGAUUUCAGCUUCAUUCACACGGCAUUUUGACCCACAUUCAAAGAAAGAAACAAAAGCCAAUUAGCAAAAUGCAAUAUUCUUGACUGACAAUUAAUCAAAUCAUGAAAAAUGUCUUGAAGCAAAAGUACUUUUCUCAUUUCAUUAAAAUGGAGAAAGUAGUGUGAUUGAAGUGUUGCGGAAAAUCUUUUUUAAAACCUUGUUUUCUGUUUGUUUGUAUCUUAGCCUACUUCGCAUUUGGAAGGCAAAUACUUAACUAGAUAAACCUUCCCUGGCUUAACGCCUUCUUUUUACAACCUUCACAACAACUACGUUUUCUUUAGAACUUCUCCUUUGUCAUUUACAGUCAGAAAACUGUUUAAAAAAUAAUAGCUUGUGUUUUUUAAACACGAGGCCAUACAUCAUCUCAAAUUUAUCUUACGAGUCACCGUAAGAAACUUGAAACUAGCGAUAUAGUUCUCACUACAUCUGCCUCCACCUUAGAUAUGCCGUUUAUUCUGUAAUAAGUCUUCUAACGUUCAAUUUACAAUAUCUUUAUUUCUAAGUUCUUAGGUUAUGACAUUUUAAAACUUCGCAAAAACGUUAUAGUGAUCAGGGUUAAGUACUGAGAAGAGUGUUUAAGGCUAAGCACUGACUCGAAAUGGUUUGCUUUCUAUUACUGUUAGGUUUGUCACUACAAAACAUUAUGUAAAACGAAAACAUAACUUGCAGUAGAAUCCACUGUGGUGUACUACUGUGGUAUAGGCGAUGGAUUUCGGUUUCUAGGACUGCGGGUUCAGAACGUGCUUUUGCCACAUCAAUCUCCUUUUAUUUCUAAAGAAAACUGAAGGGACUUAGACUUACAAAAAAAGAUUAUAAGAGUAGAAAUUUGAAGAGACUCAGAAAUUUCAUGGCAGUGUAGCUAAUAGGGGAAGGCGGGGGAAGGAACUUGUUCUGGAGGAUGCUGACCAGUCAAUGACAUGUUUCCAGAAUUUUCCACUACCACCUUGCGCGCUUACUGAACCAGAAUAGAGUUCUGAAGUGUGAUGUCAUAAAAAAUUAGAUUUGUGAAGUCAUGGGAUUUGUCAGGAUCUUCUAACAUUGCAACAUCCAGGAGGCCUACUUGCCAAUAAUUGGCCUUUCGGGGCGAAUCAUCUCUGAGAUAUUAGCCCUGUUAUACUCCUCAGAGCAUAACUGGGCUACCGUGUAGCAUGAAAAUUUUGCGGGUUCUAAUUUUUGCGAAUUUUGCGGAUUGACCUCGAUCCGCAAAAAUUAGUUCCCGCAGAGAAAAAAACCCGCAAAAUAAAACGCCGCAAAACUUAACUCCCUUCAGUCAAAUUAAAAACUCUGCUUUUAAUGGACUUGUUGUGUAUGGUAGGGAUAGGCUUUUGUUUUGUUUUGCUGUUGUUCAGUCCCUUUGUGCAGUAAGAUAUUACAGUGAUUACCGUAUUAUUCUCCAUUAAAUAUGUAAGUAGAGUGAACUUUGACUCAACAUACCGUAACAUAAAAGUUCAAAAUACCAUAUUAAGGUUUCUUCCACUUAAAUAUUCUGGUACUUGAACAGAGAAUCGCAAAAAUUAGUUCCCACCAGAAAUUUUAGUCAUCUCGAACCGCAACCAUUUGUUCCCGCAAACCACAAAAAAUGGCCAAUCCGCAAAAUAAAACUCCCGCAAAAUUAUCAUGCUACACGGUAAUAUCUCAGAGACAAUUUGCCCCACAACUUUAGUUUUUGGCAAGUAGGCCUCUUGGAUGUUGCUCUUUUACUUAGAAUAUCCGGACAAAUCCUAUNAAAAAAAAAAAGAUAUUUUUCUCUGGUGGGUGAUUUUGUGGUCCCCCCCGGGUUCCCGCGGGGGGGAAAAAAAAAAUUUUUUUCCACCGUUAAAAAAAAAAAAAAAAUGUAAUGUUUAGUUCCCGAAAAAAUCCCCCCCCCCCCCCCCCCCCCCUCGCCUCCCGACUUCCCCACGGGGGGCAACGGCAAUUCCGAGAGGAGGGGUGUCCAAAAGGAGACAAUUUCCGAGAGGGUGGGGCAGGGCGGUUGUUUAAAGAGGUUUUUUUCAGGGGGCCUGAGUAAGAUUGGUGAGUUAUUAAUGAAUACCGGCUUUUUAAUGUUGAGCAAGCUUUCAGUUAUUUUACUGUUACCGGUGUUUCAAAACAAGUAUUAUUGUUUGCAUUGAUCAUCAUUUUUAUCUACGGUCGGCUAACUGCGUUAUUCACGGCUUACGCGAUAGUUUUCUUUAAUACAAUUGCCAUCGGCUCAUGAAUGAACUUCCGGUUAUCUAGCUGUUGCGUUAUUACACAUUUGAAUCACCGUAAUUUGGUCGUGUUCUAAGCUUUCUUGUAAGAUGUCGAAGUAAUGAAAAUCUUGGUGUUUAGUUUGAAUGUAACUGGUUCUUUUGCAGAUGAUAUUCGUGUAGUCAGUAGUGUAAGGUUUGCCUCUAUGGUUAAUUAUUACUUAGGAACGUCCUUGAGGUUAUAAGACACUGUACUAACAUGAAUGAAAAGAUUUUUUUUUCUCAUUUUAUCGCAGAAAAAGUUAUAUUUCGCAUAAUAGUAUAGUGCAACAACAUUUUUGACACAAAUAUUCUUUCCGGAGGGUACCCAACCAAGUUGAAAUAUUACGGAAAUUCCGGGGGGUGGGGGUAAGGCAAGCAAUUCUAGGAAUGUUUUCUGGAACUACACAACAACUCAAACUCACCUGAGAUGCAACUCCUCAAAGCUAGCAAGUGAGGUUAGAAACUCUUUAGUUUUCUGCGUUACUCUGCUGUAAAACCCUGCAUGAACUACAAAAACAGCCAUCGAUGAAACCACAAUACAGUGGCCAUAUUGAAUUAAUUAGAUUUAAGGAAUAUGGGAUGCCCAGGGGCAUUGUACUCGCUCAGUAUUUACGCGCGCUUUUCGGGGCAAUUUUUCUUAAAGGUUCCUAGAAUAAGAUUGUAUUUGUAAUGGGAAAAAAGAUCGUUCGGCCGUGUUUGGAUGUAAUAAUGAUCGCCGUUUUCCCGAGAAAUAUAUGUUUAAAGACGAUACCAGUUUCUACGGAAUGUCCAUAAUAUUAAUUAAUUCCUUUUUUACUCGCGUUUAGAAUCAAUAUCUGACCUCUUCUUCUUCUUACUCCUAGUUGGUUACACUGGAAGCCUUUCCAUGGGAGCUUUUCUCUUACGUGUUACUAUUUCCCGAUCAUAGCCCUUCAAAAAGAGCGUGGGAUGAGGAUGACUGUCGACUGGUCUUCCAAAUUUAAAAUGAUUUGAGCAAACUUCAGUCUUUUCGUUCACCUUACAUCCCUUAAGCUUCAGUAGUCUCGUCCACGUACCCAAGUGCCUCGGGUCCUUCCAAGGCCAGAAAUGUACUUCUGGUUUUCCUUCGAAGAAGCUGGUAUGGUCUUUCACCAUAUAUUUCUUGGGAAAACGGCGAUCAUUUUUACAUCCAAACACAACACAACGAUCUUUUUUCCCAUUACAAUCUUACUCUAGGAAACCGUUAAGAAAAAUUGGCCCGAAAAGCGCGCGUAAAUACUGAGCGAGUACAUGCCCCAUUCCUUAAAUCUAAUUAAUUCAAUAUAUCGGUAAAAAGGUUGCGACCUCAACCAAAACCCAAGUAGACUAAACACAACAAAGGAAUCUUGUACACAUUUGUGUUUUUUUUCCUUGGUGGCAGUGGAAAAACAUGAAAAGUUAAAAAAAAAACAACGUAAAAUGACAAAACAAAUUUCUAGCUGCUGCGUUUUUAGCCAUCAAUAUUCACUUGUAAAAAUUAUGACCAAUCUUGGUCAAGGUUGUCAUUUGUAGGCGGGAACAAGGAGCAGUGACAAGCGAGGAAAAGAAAGUCAAAUUUUUGCAUAUAUAUUAUUAACAAGUAAUCACAUGAUUUUUCUCGUGCAAUUUGGGGUAAAUCAGCACUCGUAAUUUUUUCGGGGACCACAAAAUUUACUUGUGCUGAUUUAACUCAAAUUGCACUCGAAAUCAUGUAAUUACCUAUACAAAUGAAACAACAGGAGGGCAAUUUGUAUAGGCAUGUGUCAAUUUGGGCUUAAGAAGUGUCUCAGGCCUGUUUCAAACGUCGUGCUACUGCCGUGCUAAGCUGGCUCGACUGUAGCUCGACUGCAAGCACGGCACUAGCACGACUUGGUUUCAGACGUCGAAUUUAAUUCAGUCGAAUAGAACGGCUGUUGACGAAAACAAAACACAAAAACAAAGAAACGGUUUAGCAAAUUUUUAAAUGUAUUCAAAUGUAUUUAUAGUUUAAGAAUUGAGUUCGGCGCGGCGGUAACACGACGUUUGAAACCAAGUCGAGCUACUGCCGUGUAAAACGACAAGGCUUGCCGUGCUACACGGCAGUAGCACCACUUGGUUUCAAACGUCGCGCUACUGCCGUGCUAAAGUCGAAUUUAAUUCGAUCAAUUGAGUUCGGCACGGCAGUAGCACGACGUUUGAAACGGGCCUCAGAGGCAUUUUGUCCAAUUUGUUAACGUUCACUACCAGCAUUUGCACCCUGUGUUCUGGAGCUGAAUGAAGUAUAUUGGGUGCGACGUACGACAAACGUGUUCCUUGGCCUCGAUGUCGCUCUUGAGAGGACAGUUUUUCGUUUCGAAAACAGUACAUCGAAGACAAGAUACCGGCUGAAUGUUGUUACGACCCUACAUUUCGCGCACAUUUAUUGCGCAGCAGGGAAAGAUGAGUACGAUCAUUUUUCGUCAAAAAGUAUCCAAUAGAUAUAUAUGCAGCAGUCAAUGUAAAUGCCCCACGGUGGGACUUUAAAAAGUGUACAAAUGUCCCUCCCGGGACAACACCAAAAUUACAUUUUCCUGUAAAUAAGCUGCAAAUACCAUAUUCGUGGGAAAUGUGUAAUAAUUUGUUCAAAACGCGUGAAGCACUUUACGCAAAUCGCUCUUAUAGCCGCUAGUUAUAAUUAUUGCAAAAAAGAUUACGUUGAUCUGAUUAAUAUCACUGACAGAACUGUAAACUAGUAUUUUAAUAAUGCCUUUCUUAGCGGAGCUCUCUCGCGCGCAGCGGAGCACCAUGGGUAACAAAAUUUGGUAAACUAUCCAUCCGAGAAAAUUUGGUUAUGACGUAGGUACGCCCGCCCACCCGUACACCCGUACACACACUUCAUAUAAGCCGAUGUCAAAUGUCACAAUAGAUCUUGCACAACUUGACUAGCCUUUCAGUUAUGUAAGCCAUCCGUAUGAGUACGAUUAGAUUGACAGCUGUCAAAAUCAGACGAUUCUGGAAACCUUGAUGACCUUCAGAAGCAGCAUCUCGACUGGUAAGCCUGAGCAAUUAUUGUCUUUGAUGUGUUUUUUUUUUUUCGGUUUCCUGAAGUCGAGUGUAUGGUUUAGGCGGCCUAAGUUUAUACACGAGCAAUGAUCUAACCUACAAUAGUAUCAGGUUUAAAAAGCCUUUAGACAUUUUUUGACCCCAAAUUCAAAGAAAAGGUUCCGAAGAAUAUUUAGUUAAGAUUUUGGCUGUAAACUUAAAGCUCUGAGCGAUUUUCUUGUCUCGAGUUCAUCUUGAAAAAGAGCAAACACCGGCAAGCCGGCUUAAAACAUAAAUAAGCUUAUGCUUACCUGACUCAUGAUUUUCAGAGACACUUUACUCUCAAUACUUGUCUUCGUGAAUGAAAAUUGUUGUCUCUGUACAUGUUUCACCGAAUUAUAUUUAUUUUAUUGAUUGUUAGUAGUCCCUCUCGCAAUUUUUAUCGCUGCACCGGUUGCUUCCAGUCGAACAUAAACAUCGCAUGCAGGAAUAAUCAAAACGCCGCGCGUAAAUAUCACUCGCUUUUAAAGAUUACACAUAACAAAACCAUAAACAGUUUUAUAAAUAAAGGGAAAUAAAACCUAAACAUAACAAAUUCUCUAUCAUGUUAAAGCGUAAAUGGUAACUCUAUUAAUCGCACUGCAAAUUUGGUGCCUGUCAAAAGUGAGAACCCGUCCGGCUAACCGAAAAGGUGAUUUUGGGAAUUUUUUUUGUCGUUUUCACUAAAAGCCCAUAAUUAUUACCCUGCAUAUCACAUAGGACCAGAUUUUUCUAACUGAAAAGUCCCGGCAUUAUGGAAUUCUCUUCAUGAAAACGUUUUAAAAUGUGGUCAAUGCUAUAAUUUGUUGUGCAAAGAAAGCGCGUGCUUUGAUCGUCCUGGAUAUUGAAUGAGUGCAAUUUGUCCUGCAAAAUUGUGAAAAACUGCAGAAUUAUAGGUUUAAAUAGGGCAAAAAAGGACAAAUUCUGUCCGAGGUCUGUAUGAUAAAAAAGGGCCUCAUGGUACUGUUUACCUGAGACGUGAUAUAUUCAUAUAGAGGUUUGCGCUAUAUGUGUGUAAAUUAUCAUUAUGAUGAUGAGAAAAAGUAUGUUUAAAAGGCUGGUUUACACGCCACCAGAUUCGUCGCCAAGAUUUACUUACUUGUAAAGUAAACUUGUCGAACACAAAAAAUCCCGCCUGAUUUUUUAUUUUGGCCUCCCUUUAAGACAGAGGAAUGCAACAUGUAAAUUGGCUGCCACCAAGGACAAUCGAGGCGCGUGUGUGUCUAUUUCGGGGUUGUCCAAUUAUCCAUAGUCUCUCAAACGGAGCAAUGUUGGAGAGACUGGUGAAUGCCACAUUAUGAUGCAACAGCUAAUGCAAAUACAAUACACGAAUAGGUGUACUUGUUUUCCAGACCUAAUCUACUGUGAUCGAACAUGAUUGCUAUUUUUGGGUGUACGAACAAGACUAUUAACUCGAUGUAAAAUUUGUUUCACUCUUGGACUGUCAAAUUAUUUUUCUCUAAAAUCACUUAGCCUUUCAGGGGCACCCAACGAGAAUAUAGUUCAAAACCACUUAAACGUAGCAUUGUUAAACGUAUUUUGGUAUUAAAGCGGUAGAUAUAGACAUAUUUUUAUCCCCUAAAAAUUUUUCAUCUGUACGGAUUUCCUAGCUGAAAGUCUAGUGAUUCGAAAAUUAUAGGGAUCAAAACUUACCUAUUCGAAAAUUUCGGCCAGAAAAAAGGCUCCCGAAAAUUGUAGGUGACCUUUUUAGCGUAGAAAUCCGUCAAAAAUGGGCAAUUAUACCAUUUUUUAGAUGUUCGAAAAUCCUAGGAGAGGCGGACAAGCAAGAAAUUUUGGAAAAUUUUGUUCCGAAAAUUCUAGAUCUCAAAUCGUCUUCCGAACAGAUAUUUUGUCGUUGGGUGCCCUUGGCCUUUGCCUCAAAAGUCACAUGAAUGUGCCGUGAUCUGUGGAUUACAAGUUUAUUGUUUGAUUUAAAUUAUGAAUUUGUUAACGGGAGCUUCGUUUUUAGCCCUGGCAAAAUCUAUUUAUUAUUUCUGAAGAUAUUUAAUUUAGUGAAUGAUAAAAAAAACCGACGAGCUUAAAAUGAGUGUAUUUUCUCAACAAGAUAGAACCGUUUUGACAGCGUAUUAAUUGUCGCGGCAUUGAUCGUACAAUACACAAAGUUUAUACUAGCUUUCAAAAUAUAUCUCGCAAAGUUUUUUUUUUUUUUUGCCUUAACUAUUCGCGCACAAAGAAAUUGUCUUUUCCUUUAAACUCUUCAAACGGUACACUGAUUGUUUUUUUCCUCCAUGUGCGAACUGAUCACGAUGGCAGGAAGCAGUUUCUUAGACGCAAAAAAUUCUGUUGGGUAGGGAAGAGUUGAAGGGAAAACCACACAUAUCUUUUUUAAAGCAUAUGUAUUAAAAAUAUUCUUUAUAGAAAUAUCUAAAGCUGUCUAAAUUGGCAUGGGACGACUUAGCCACUUCUACAAGAAUUUACAAAUGCCCCACCCCCGGGCAGAGGUUUUCUGACAAAUCCCAUCGCUGGGACCGACAAGAUGACAAAUGCCCGGGGGGAUGGGCACGCUUGAGCUCGUUUGUUUACCAACAUGCCGAGAUCCUCUCCGAGAAGCCCUUCAGGAAAAACUGGUUUUAACUCUACAUACGAUCUAAACAUGCCUAAAGACGAUCUUGUUGAUAUCUUGAGCGUGGCCACCAAGGGUCAAUUGUUUCAGUUCAAUGGUGCCCUGUAUAAGCUAAAGCAAAUCAGUAAUGUGGCUAUGGAGUCACCCCCUCGGGCCCUUGUUAGCAUGUGUGUUCCUUGUUAGCAUGUGUGUUUAUGUAAUCAUUGGGAGAAAAACUAGAGCUGGGGCCAAGCAGCCUGGAGUGUCUAUUACCGCAGAUAUGUUGAUAAUACCCUCACUGUUAUGCCCGAUAUACAGUAACUACAGCUAUAGAUUUAGAGUACUUUAAUUCCUUUGAAGUUUUGAACUCACAUUUAAUUCCAUUCUUUGGUGAUUGCGCCAAAAGGUCACGGAAACGUGGGGACAUUAUUCUGUUAUACCAUGUUUACCAAGGAAAUUGUGUUCCGUAGUCUUAAGGCUGACGUCUUUCGCAUUCUUUAAAAAAGUGAUUUACGCAACAGGACGGCAGGAAGAAGAGGACGGCAAAACUCUUGUGUCUGACAAACGUGACGGGGCUAUUACUUGAGUGUUUUGCUGGAAAUUCUCUUAACAUUGAUGUUUACUUGCCCUUCUACAAAAAGAUCUGUUAUAGGAAUGUGAAGUUUGGCGGAAGGUGUUUUCAAACGAAAUUAUGGUCACGCUUGUCACACAAGGUCUGCCGUCUUCCCUCUACCGUCCUGGGCCGGGUUGUUCAAAGCCGGGUUAACUUAACCCAGGGUUAGUACAAAAUUUGAAUUCAGAUAUGAAAGCUUAAAAAGCAAAUUCAGUUUAAUUCUUUUUGUGUACAAUUUGAUGAUUAAAUACUCUAAAUAGAGUAGAGAAAAUUUUCCGAGAAAAUGCUUUUAAUGAAAAGAAAAAGAGACCCAGGUUAAAAUUUAACCCUGGGUUAGCGCUAACCGGCCUUCGAACAACUCGGCCCUGUUGUGUAAGCUCACUAAUGAAAGGGGUGGGGGGGGGGGGGGGGGGGGGGGGGGGGGGUUUGGUUUGGGGGGGAGGGGUUUUUUAGAAAGGCAAUAAAAAUGCUUCCCUUUUUUUGGAAUUUCCGGGUGUGUUCCCAUUGGUUUUUCCCUAGUUGUUUUUGUAAGAAAAGGGGGAGUGGUGCAAGCUUUUUUUUUAGUGUUAAGAACUUUAUUAGAUGGGAGGGUAUAAAGAAAAAGAAAAGAAAAAAAAAGUAAAAAAAAAAAAUGUUAUGAAAAAAAGAAAUAGAGGACAGAUGAAAUAGUUAGAGGGGGUGGGGCGGGCACGGGGGGAGGGGGGGGGGGGGGGGGGGGGGGGGGGCGGGGGGGGUGGGGGGGGGGGGGGGGGUGGGGAGGGGGGCGUGAGGUUUUGGUUUGGAUGGCAGAGUUUUCUAGUAAUGACAUCAUAAUAGCUUCCAUUAGUUUGCAAUUACCGGUGCUGUGCCAUUAGUGAUUACCUAGUUGGUUUUGUAAGACAAAUGGGACUGGUGCAAGCAUUUAUUUUGACUGACAGACACUCUAUUUAUUUAACAACAACAACAACAACAACAAAACAAGUGUUAACGAGCUUGCGGUAUCUCUUCCUUAAAUGUUUCUGUCCACUGUGUCUCUCACUAACUCACAGGAUGGAUUUACAGCCCCAGCAGAUAUUAUAAGCCCAGAUAUUAUGAAAUCAAGGCCGGCUUAUUACAAGGAUUCUACUAUAAGUUGCUCAGUUAAAAUGAAUAAAUUUAAGUAUACUGCUAAUGUGAUUUGAAAGAACUUGAUCAUUGGGUCUUUUCAUCUUUAGAUUUGUUGGACUGUCAUACCUGAGACCUUGCCUUGGUCUACGCAUUAAUGAUGAUGACAAGUACAUGAUUUUUCUCACACAAAAGGAGAUGCAGGUACUGGCAAGGAAAAGUGCUCCUGUCUUGUGGAUCAGGGGACCAGCAGGCAGCGGUAAAACCUUUCUGUUGAUUGAGAAAGCAAUAACCCUGGCGGAAGGCAUACUUGAGGACCAUAGCAAGGAAAAGGAAAAGAUCUUGGUCCUGUGCUAUAAUCAAGUCUUGUGCAAGGAUUUAGAGAAAAAAAUUAAGAGCCAGUUGCCAGCAAAUGAAGAUGUGAGAUCUUUCUUACAUUUUCAGACAUUUACCACACUUGUAAAAAGUUUGGCUUGCUAUCCCUGGACCCCAAAGAACAAGGAGGAGAAAGAAGAGUGUGUCAACGUAGCCUUGGAGAACCUUCAGACCCAGGCAGAGUCACCAUCGGGUAUUAAUUCGAUGUACGACCACAUCCUUGUGGAUGAAGGCCAAGACCUCUUUGGCGAGAACUGGCCAAAGCUUAUUCAGCACAUGCACAAGAAUUUCCAGCUUGACAAAGAAAAAUCUCGGGCUAAACGUGGUGUCUUCUGGGUGAUGUACGAUUUGAAUCAACACCUUUACUUUGCUAAAGAGCAGGCCGAUUCACACUUUGCAUUUCUCUCUAACAGUGCAGAGCUCAAUGAAGUUCUUCGGAACACUGGAAAUGUCUUUAUGCAGUCAAUGAAGUACUACGAAUCUUUGCCUGAUGACAGUCCAAUCACAUUAGGGCAUGGCUUACCUGGUCUGCCAAUUGAAUGGGACAAUUCUUUGGUCAGGAGAAGUGGUGAGGAAAGAGAAGGUGCUAGGUCAGUCGUCCAAUGGAUAAAGAAACUUGAAAAGCAAGGCGUCCGUCCAAGGGACAUUUGCAUUCUUGUUGAAAACCAAGAUAAACAGAGGCUGCUGAAACCUGAGAUUGAAGGCAUUGGAGAGCAGUGUCAAACUGGUGAUGACCUGGUUGAGAAGUUUCUCAGUUGUGCUGUAUUGGAAAGUAUUCGGCGCUUUAAAGGCAUGGAAUCAAAAGUGGUUAUCUUGUAUAACCCUCCCUUCCAGGAUGACCCAAUCAUCGGUACCAAGGAAUUGCUGUACACUGCAAUGUCCCGGUGCUCUUGCUUGCUUGUUGUCAUCUCUACAAAACAGGGAUGCAAGGCACUUAAGUCAGAUGUCGGUGUGAAUGAAGAAAGCAGAGGGAAAAGACCGUACACUUCACGGCUUUUAACAAGACCAGCAAGUGUGCUCCAAUCUCAGCAGCAGGGGAAUGUAAAUGAUGCUGAUGUCAGUCUUUGCAGUCUUCAGAAAAGUAGUCGUUCAGAAAGUCAGCAACCCUCUGGUGGUGGUGAUGAUGAUGAUGAUGAUGAUGAAGAUGUUUCAUUCUCUGAUCUCUUAGAAAUUUCACCUAAUCAAAUAAAGAAGUACAUGUAUCAUCAGAAGCUGAGCGAAAAACGAGCUGCGAGCAAUGAGCCACGCCCAAUGGAGGUUGAAGGUAGAAGCCUCAUUGAACCUGGCGACCCAAAUAUACCAGAUGCGAUACGAGGUAAUGCAUUCACUCUGCUUGAAGAGGUGGUUCGAGAAAACCUGAAAUACAUUCCAGAUGUGUGUAAGAUGAAUUACACAAUGAUAAUUGCAGCCAUUGAAUAUGAAGCCUACCAGAAAAGAAGAGCUGAAUGCCAACCCCGCAGAUACACGGCUGAUUUAAGAAAGCUGAAAAUGAAAAUCAUUACUUGCAAUAAAGAGAAGAUCUGCCACGACUGUGUCAUGAAUGCAUUGAAAACAGCCACCAAAAUAAGAGGUAUGGUUUUUGUGGAAUAUUUUAUC